CCCGAGGUUAUCAGGGACCUCGGAUCCUCCUGGCUGAUCCACGCUGCCACCAAAUCCUUUGGAAAACUGUCGACUGCAAAGCUGCCAAAUUCUUCCAAAAUCCGUUCCUGGAGUGGUCAGUGUUGCUUCAACCCGAAUAAAACCCCAAACUCCACAUGUUGCGUGCAGAACUAAUGAAUUCAUUAAUUGUUUUAUCUCUGUCCGUGAUUCCCAUCAGCCUGGGAGAUCACCGGCACCUCCUUCUCACCCACCAAAAGAUUUAAGGUGUCCUCGAACUGCAAAGAUUUAAAACUGCUGUUCAGAGAGAGCACAGAGAUGCUGAGCAAACCCAGCAGCUCCCAGGGGCUGGAAAAUCAACUCCCUAACAGCUCCUUGAACUGAAACCUUGGAAAAUCAACUCCCUAACAGCUCCUUGAACUGAAACCUUGGAAAAUCAACUCCCUAACAACUCCUUGAACUGAAACCUUAAUCAAACCCCUGACAAAAUUCCUGCAGCGAUCCAGAGCCCGGCUGAGCUUCCCAGGGCAGCCCAGGCUGCUUUAAGAGACGUGAGUGUACCCGGAAUUGAAGGAGGGCACUGGCAGAACUUUGGCUGGGCUCACACCGAGUUGUGCUGUCCAACUUGUUCCGGCUUGGGAACAAACUGGCAGCUCCUCCCCUGGGCUCUGCUCGCUGCUUGGCUGCACCUGCACUGUGCAGUCCUCGCCUGUGACCGGACUGGGAAAUCAGCUGGAGAAAAGCGUUCACCAGAGCAACCCCAGCAGCUGACUGGACUCGGAGAGGACACGAAUGCAGCUCUGACCGGGCUCCCGAGCUGUGCCACGCAGGAGGAGCAGUUCUGGUCUGCGUGGAGCUGAAAAUGCCAGAGGCUGCUGCCAGCGUGCUCCUGCUCCGUGCUGGCCUGGCCCUGCUCGCCUGGCCCGUCUACCUGCUCUCCUUCCUGGGCAUCUGGGAGCCCUUCUGCAGGAAGGUCUUUUUCCCUUUCGUCUUAGAAAAGCUUUCUGGAGUUCACGACAAGAAAUCCAAGAAGCACAAGCAGGAGCUGUUCCGCAGCCUGCCCGACUUCAGGGGUCCCUCCGGGGAGCUGCGGCUGCUGGAGAUCGGCACCGGCAGCGGCUCCAACUUCCAGUUCUACCCAGCGGGCUGCAGGGUCACCUGCACCGACAUCAGCCCCGGCUUCCAGGAGGGGCUCUCCAGGAACAUGAAGAAGAACCAGCACCUGCGCUUCGAGCGGUUCCUGGUGGCCGCGGGCGAGGACCUGGCCCAGGUGCCCAGCGGCUCGGUGGACGCCGUGGUCUCCACGCUGGUGCUCUGCUCCGUGCGCAGCGUCAGCGGCACCCUCAGCGAGGUGCUCCGGGUGCUGCGGCCGGGAGGAGCUUUCUAUUUCUUGGAGCACGUGGCCGCCGAGCGUUCCAGCUGGACAUAUUUUUGGCAGCAAGUCUGUUUCCCAACUUGGAAACUUGUCUUUGCUGGCUGCUGCCUCACGAGAGAGCUGUGGAAGAAUCUGGAAGAGGCCAAGUUCUCCGAGCUGAAGGUACAACACAUCAGCGUGGCCAUGCCCUGGAUGCCCAUCGAGCCACACAUCGUGGGCUAUGGGGUGAAGUAACCCCCGUCCUGCCAAAAUUUUUGUGUUCCCUUCCCCCCAAAAAUUCCUGAUGGUGACCCACGCACCCUGCACGGCACAGGGUUACAUCAGUAACACAGCGAAGGACUUGAAUCAGAAACCAAAUUGUCAGGUGAGAAGAGAGGGCCAAUUUCCUGAAUCACACCAUCAACAAAGCUGGAAAAGCCCUUUUGGAGCAGAGUCCAGCAGGUAACAGCACCAGAAGCAUGUUCACCACUAAACCACGUCCCCAGUGCCACAUCCACACGGUUUUUGAACACUUCCAGGGAUGGUCACUCCACCCCUGCCUGGGCAGCCAGUGCCAGGGCCUGACAGCCCUUUCUUUCCCUGAAGAAAUCUUUGCCUUAUCUAAUUAAACCUCCCCUGGUGUACCUUGAGGUUGUUUCCUUCCUGAAGCCCUGGCACUGCUGAUCUUGCCUUGCUAGAGCUCAGUGCAGCCAGGGAGGAUCCCAGGACACAAAAACCAGCCUGGGAAGCAAAAAAUAAAUGUAUUAAUGGAAGGGGA